AUGAUGUCGAUGAACAGCAAACAGCCUUUCAGCAUGCACCCGAUCCUCCACGAGCCCAAGUACACUCCGCUGCACUCCAGCUCGGAGGCCAUCCGCAGAGCCUGCCUGCCCACGCCGUCGCUCCAGGGCAACAUCUUCGCCGGCUUCGAUGAGACGUUGCUGCAGAGAGCCGAGGCUCUGGCCGCCGUGGACAUCGUGGCCCAGAAGAGUCACCCGUUCAAGCCGGACGCCACCUACCACACCAUGACCACGAUGACCAGCAUGACCUGCACCCCGACCUCCUCCUCGGCGCACCUGCACCACCCGUCCGUGCUCACCUCCCACCACCACCCGGGGCACCACCAGCCGUCGCAGGGCCUGGAGGGCGACCUGCUGGACCACCUCACGCCGGGGAUUUCUCUGGGAGGCAUGCCCGGCUCGGAUGUCUGCUCCACGGCCUCGCACACCGCCCACGCCGCCCACAUGUCGGCCAUCAACCACAUGCAGCACCACCACCACCCACAGUCCAUGAACAUGCACCCGCACGGCCUCGGCUCCCACAGCUCCCUGGGGGGCGCCGGCGGCGACGCGGAGCCGGAUCCCCGGGAGCUGGAGUCGUUCGCCGAGAGGUUCAAACAAAGGCGGAUCAAACUCGGGGUGACCCAGGCGGACGUGGGGGCGGCCCUGGCCAACCUUAAGAUCCCCGGGGUGGGGUGUCUGAGCCAGAGCACCAUCUGCAGGUUCGAGUCCCUGACGCUGUCGCACAACAACAUGGUGGCCCUGAAGCCGAUCCUGGAGGCCUGGCUGGAGGAGGCGGAGCGCGCGCAGCGGGAGAAGAUGUCCAAGCCGGAGAUUUUCAACGGCGGCGACAAAAAGAGGAAACGCACGUCUAUCGCUGCCCCGGAGAAGCGCUCUCUGGAGGCUUACUUCGCCGUGCAGCCGAGGCCCUCGUCGGAGAAGAUCGCCGCGAUCGCCGAGAAACUGGACCUGAAAAAGAACGUGGUCCGCGUUUGGUUUUGCAAUCAGCGGCAAAAGCAGAAACGAAUGAAGUUUUCUGCGACGCACUAA